AUGCCUGAUAUUAAUCCACUUACUCCAAUUCCAGAUAAUAACUAUUAUGAUCAAUGUACUUAUUUCCUUGUAACUAUAUCCCCAUCAACAUGGGCUGCACUUGGUAUUGGCCUUUCAUUAGCCUUAUCAGUUGUUGGUUCAGCUUGGGGUAUUUGGGUCACUGCAUCAUCACUUAUGGGUGCUGCCGUUAAAGAACCAAGAAUUCGUUCAAAAAAUAUUAUUAGUAUUAUUUUCUGUGAAGCUGUAGCUAUUUAUGGUAUUAUUUUAGCUAUUAUUUUAAAUGGUAAAAUCGAUAAAUUUUUAAAUAUUUGGGAUCCAGCUUCCGAUUAUAUGGCCGGUUACAUGAUGUUUGGUGCCGGUAUCACUGUUGGUCUUUGUAAUGUUUUUUCAGGUGUUUGCGUAGGUAUUGCUGGUAGUGGUUGUGCAUUGGGUGACGCUCAAAAUCCAUCACUUUUUGUUAAAAUGCUUAUUAUUGAAAUUUUCGCUGGUGCCUUAGGUCUUUACGCUGUUAUUGUCGGUAUUCUUAUGACAACUAACGCUCUUGGUGUCACACAACAACCUGCACUCAAACCAUAA